UUUUUCUUAGGAAUUCGUCAGCAUAGUAACUAUGCUGACAACUACGGUCCGAGGGUAUCCCACUACGGCGGCGUCAAAUGCACCCGAUUAUCUUUGUUCAAUUUUGACCUAACUUCUUUCUUCUCUAAGCUGCAUCUUCAACACCACCACCACCACCACGUUUCCCACCUCUGUCCGACGCUCCUCAGGUAGACCAACAAAUGGCAAUGUAUUUUGUGUCCCGGCGAUUCUCCGGUGGAUCGGCGAUAGGGGCGUUGCGUUGUGCUACUUUCUGGAGACCCUAUUCUACGUCUUUCAGAGAGGAGAGAGACACUUUCGGACCAAUACUCGUUCCCGCUGACAAGUUGUGGGGGGCUCAGACUCAAAGAUCGUUGCAGAACUUCGACAUUGGAGGCGAGCGUGAACGAAUGCCUGAACCCAUCAUUCGUGCCUUUGGCAUCCUUAAGAAAUGCGCUGCCAAGGUGAACAUGGAAUAUGGACUUGACCCGGCAAUAGGGAAAGCGAUAAUGCAAGCUGCCCAAGAAGUAGCAGAAGGAAAGCUAAACGAUCAUUUUCCACUUGUUGUAUGGCAAACUGGCAGCGGCACUCAAAGUAAUAUGAAUGCCAAUGAGGUCAUUGCAAACAGAGCAGCUGAGAUCAUUGGCCAUAAGCGGGGUGAAAAGUUUGUGCACCCUAAUGAUCAUGUCAACAGAUCACAAUCUUCUAAUGACACUUUCCCUACUGUAAUGCAUAUUGCUGCUUCAAUGGAAAUAAAUUCGAGAUUAAUACCAAAUUUGAAACAGUUGCAUACUUCACUGAAUUCAAAGUCAUUUGAAUUCAGAGAUAUUGUAAAAAUAGGACGGACUCACACUCAAGAUGCCACACCUUUGACUCUUGGGCAAGAGUUUAGUGGCUAUUCUACACAGGUGAAGUAUGGAAUUGAUCGGGUCUCAUGCACUCUACCCCGAAUGUAUCAGCUUGCACAGGGUGGUACUGCUGUGGGGACAGGAUUGAACACAAGGAAAGGGUUUGAUGUAAAGAUAGCUGCAGCUGUAGCUGAAGAAACAAGCUUACCGUUUGUUACUGCAGAAAACAAGUUUGAAGCUUUGGCUGCUCAUGAUGCUUUUGUUGAAACCAGUGGAGCCCUUAACACAAUUGCUGCUUCUCUGAUGAAGAUUGCUAAUGACAUUCGUUUGUUAGGAAGCGGUCCGCGUUGUGGCCUCGGUGAACUCAUUCUUCCUGAAAACGAGCCAGGCAGCAGUAUUAUGCCUGGGAAGGUCAAUCCUACUCAGUGUGAAGCUAUCACUAUGGUCUGUGCUCAGGUUAUGGGAAACCAUGUAGCUGUUACAGUGGGGGGAUCAAAUGGUCAUUUUGAACUAAAUGUGUUCAAGCCAAUGAUUGCCAAUGGUCUUUUAAAUUCACUAAGAUUGCUUGGGGAUGCAUCUGCCUCCUUUGAAAAGAACUGUGUUAGAGGAAUUCAAGCUAACAAGGAAAGAAUUUCAAAAUUGCUGCACGAGUCGCUGAUGCUUGUCACAUCGUUGAACCCUUUCCAGAAAAUUGGUUAUGACAAUGCUGCAGCGGUAGCCAAGAAAGCGCACAAGGAGGGAAGUACUCUGAAGGAAGCUGCAUUGAAACUGGGAGUGCUGACCAGCGAAGAAUUUGAUAAUCUCGUCGUGCCCGAGAAAAUGAUUGGCCCAUCUGACUGAUAAGCUUAUCAAAGAUUUUGAAGCUCCUGAGAAUUGAUCAGCAUUAAUUGCCUGAUGUUUCAUUUUUGAAUUAUUUAUUUCACACAGUUGUAUUAGGAAUCGAGCAUUGAACGUAUAUUUUUUGACUUGUAAAAACAAUAUUCUUGAGGCUUUCUCCAUGGCUGGUCUGGGUUAUUGGGGGUUAUCGAUGAUGACUGUUUGAUUGGGUAAAUAAGGGGUAAACCUCCCUCAUUUUGUAAUGGUUGUAUCAGAGAGAUCUGGGCUCCAUAAAUAAAAGAAUUAUUUUACGUUUUGGGACA